UAAAUAUUUGUACAGUUGUAAAUAAAUUAAAAUGAGCGUGGAGGACCUUGUGCGAGACAAUACGCGUCUCGUGAAUGUUCAUACGGUACUUCAGCACGCGGCUAUGGCGUCUUUGACUUGCACGGGACCUCGCACACUUGGUCCAGAUCAGAAACCAAUGAGGGCGGAAAAAAACCAAACGCCCAGUCAGAAAGUCGAGCAAUCAGGACUCGUCGAACCAGUCGAAAGCGCCCUCACCCAAUUAUCAAUUACCAUGCCAACAAAACGGAUAUCGCCCGUGGAGAUUUUGCCAAGCAUUGGGCCCGACCUAAACGACAUAAAUGCCAGCAUUGUCAAGCGGGCGAUAGAGACGGAAUGUAAGCGCAGUGUGCGCCACCAAUUGGAUCUGAUUAAGGAACGGCAACAAAAGGCGAUCAGUGAACGCCUUGCCAGCCAACGUAACACAGAGCAGCAGCAGCAGCGGCAUAUCAAUAGCCGGACAAGGCGGGAAGAAAGCCAUAAACUCAUAGAGAAACAGGCCGAGCAGCUGGCCAAAGCAGAGCUAGAGGCGCAUCAGCGCGAGCAGAAGGCGCUGCUCAAGCAGAAUAACCAAAAAUUGCAUCUACUAAUAGUCGAGGGUGUUUCGCGUUGUCAUCGGCGUUUCUGUAGCAAGUACGAAUUGGUGACAAAGCUGUUCCUGGCCCUGGAUAAGGAGACCGUGCAGGCGUGUGCCGCACAAAAUAGUGAAUUGCGGGAGCUGGCGCAACUGUUCGAUCAGCUAGUUGAGAAGAUAAAAAAGGGCGGCAGCGAUCCGCCAGAAUUGAGCUGUGUGUUCACAGCGGAGCAGUACUGCCAGCGCCUGGAUAAGCUGGAAGAGAAUCUACACAAACAGCUGUCGGAACAACACCAGCAGCAACUGGACAAGGCCAAAAAGUUGGCGGAAGAGCAAGAGAAACAGCGUCAAGCAGAAGCAGAGGAGCAACAGAAACAGCAAGCACUGAAAGAGCAGCAACUGGCAGCUGAGCGCAAAGCGACAGCUGAAGCUGCUGCAACGGCAGCCCAGGCGGCACCCAAUACAGAGGCUCCAGCCACAUCAGCACCAGCCCAGGCCCCAGCCCCAGCUAAAGCUACAGCCCCAACCCAAGCCAGCAUCUCCACCAGCUACGUGCAUCCAACUCGUUUGGCUUUCUACAACGAGAUCAUUGCAUUGUAUCAGAGCAAAGUGGAUGCCGUCAAGCCACUUCAAACGGACGAGACAUGGAAGAAGUAUCGCACCAAUUGCCAGCGAACCAUCAACUUGCCAUUGAACGCGAUUACAGCCACGAGUGCACAGCACCUGAAGAACAACUUUGAUAAGCUAUACAAUUUCUUUGCGGGCCAGCCGGUGAGGACAACGGAUGGCAGUACGAUUACCAUAAACGAUCAUCCGUUGGCUAGGGAUUACUGCAUCCUGCUAAUGGCCAAAAAGUUUGUUAGCCAAACAGACACCGCCAUAUCUAGCAAUCCACAGGCCGCAUUCCCAUUUGCCUCCGUGAUUGUCACCUUUUGGAAGCUGCUGCCCGACUUUGGGAAGAUCUUCUUGGCCUACAUGUACAAGGAGUCGCCAUAUCUGGUGCCUUACGUGAUUCCCCAGCAGCCCGAUCAAACGCCCGAGCAGUAUUUAAAGACAAUGGGCUAUCGCAUCACCGAGAACAAUCAGCUGGAGAAGCCGGAUAUGUUCCUCAAGCGUCAAACGGGCAUUGCUCGGCUUUAUGCGGCGGUCAUCAUCACGCCUGGCCGCCAAGCCGAUGGACCCUACAAUUGCUUUGGCCUGGAGGAGGCUUGGGGCUGGCUCACCCACAUCAUGCAGUUGAAGCCCUUGCCGGACAUAUGCGCCACCAUGAUCAUGGAGAUGCUGCAGACACUUGGCUUCGAGCUCUGGCAUGCCUACGGCAUGAACUUCCUCAAGCUCCUGCUCUACAUACAGAAUAUAUAUAUGCCGCAGCUGUCGGCCUACGAUGAGGGCGGUCCGAAGACACGCCUGGAAAUGCUGCUAUCGAAAUUUUUACGUGAGCGUCAAAUACCUCAGGCAAUGGGCGUGCUGCCGCCAGGCUUCUGGUGACUUCUCUCUAUAUAUAUUUUAUGAUAUAUAUAUAUAUAUAAUUAAAUAGUUCAUAAGAUUUAAAUUACUUGUUAUUAUAAAGUUCGU